AUGCUGUCCAAGGUGCUCCUCUCGCUCGUCCCCGUCGCCUCGGCCGCGGCCACGCUCCAGCAGCGCGCCGACGGCGGCUGCGCCGACGUGCACAUCUUCCUGAGCCGCGGUAACAACGAGCCGUACCCGGGCCGGCAGGGCAAGCUCGUCGAGGCCAUCUGCGCGCGGCUGACGCAGAGCUGCGACUACGAGAACUUCGAGUUCGACAACGCCCUCUCGGUCGAGUACUGCAGCGCCGUGACGGCCGGCGUCGCCGCCGGCAAGGCCCAGCUCACCGCGUACGCCGAGCGCUGCCCCAACUCGAAGCUCGUCGUCAGCGGCUACUCGCAGGGCGCGUCGGUGGUCGGCGACCUCAUGGCCGGCGGCGGCGGCGUCUUCUUCCACGACUGCGUGCAGCCGAACAGCGCUCCGCUGGACCGGAAUUCUAGCCCGGGCAAGAACAUCGCUGCCGCUCUGGUCUUCGGCGACACGAGGCACACGGCCGACCAGUCGUACAACGUCCUCUCGGGCGCCGGCGACAACGGCAUCUUCCCCCGCCCGCCGGAGCAGCUGGCCGCCAUGAACCAGUACGCCAGCGUCCUCCACAGCUACUGCGUCUCGACGGACCCCAUCUGCGCCAAGGGCGACGUAGUCGAGACACAUCUCAACUACUUUGACGUCUACUCGGACAUGGCCGCCGACUGGGUCAAGAGCAUGGUCGAGAAGACGCCGUCUAGCAGCAGCAGCUCUUCGAUCCAGUCGUCGACCACCAGCACGUCUUCGUCCUCUUCGAGCAGCGCAGUGUCAUCUACGACGAGCACCAGCUCGAGCUCGGCUUCGUCUUCCACCCUGUCUAGCUCUGCCAGCAGCUGGAACUCGACGACUUCCUCCGAGUCGACCUCUGCCCCCGCGACCAAGAGUGCGUCUUCUUCGGCCUCGACCGGCGGCAGCUCUGCUGGCGCGACUGCAUCAAUCCCUGCUGCAGGGAAGACCACCACCGGCUCUGCUACCACCCCGACCAACACAACUGUCACCAACGCCGCUGGCUCCCUGGCGCUGCAGUCCAGCUUCCUUGGACUGGCCGCCGCUGCCGUCAUGUAUUCGCUCUUGUAA